AUGCCUUCAGAACUUCAAACCAUCGUCAAAGGAGCGAUCACGGUUUUAGUCUCGAAGCUUGAAGCUGACGUCUCGACGGAGACACUCCUCAUCCUCACAACCUCACGGUUUCCACGGUCAGUUCAGAACGGGCGCACGCAGCUCUCACCUCGUCUCGCAGCUCAGAGCCUCACGAUGCUCAACUCAGACCCAGACCCUCACGACGCUCAACUCAGAUGCAGACCCUCACAGAUCAAGGACCCUAACAAACCCGUGACCUCACGAUCCCUCACUGGUCUCUCGCAUCGUCUCAACCUCACAUCCUCACAUCCUCCCAGACUCCCUCAAGGCUCAUUAACACAGGUCGGGUUGCUCGAGGCUCGCGGGUCGGUCUCUCCGAGUCGCGGGUCGUAG